UAAUCCAUUUUCCCUCCAUUGGUCCACCUCCACUCUCUCUCUUGUAAGUUGAAACGCGCAUCACCGAAAACAAAGUACAGGGUUUCUCUCAUGUUUUCAUUUAUUUAUAGAUAUAGAGAGAGAGAGAGAAACUAAAGAAAGUCAAAAUUGUGUUGUGUUAAGCUUUUCAUGCAGGCAUGAAAACCGCUAAAACUAAACAUUCUAUAGUUAAAUACUUUCUCCUCUCCCUGUCCCUUUCGUUCCUCCUCCUCUUCCUCUUCUUUUCUCUCCAGCCUCGCCGUACACAAUCCCUACUAACCACCAUCACCAAUCGCCCUUCUUCCUCCGCCGUCUCCUCCUCCGAGGACCUCAAAAUCCGACCUGGCUACACCUCCUACGACUCCUACAUCCAACGCCAACUCAACAAAACCCUCAACCCGAAACUAAGAAAAGUAUGGACAACCCGUGACUGGGACCGCAAAAUCCAAGUCUUCUCCAGAUUCUUCCACGAAUUAAAGCUCCAAAACCUCCUCUCCAACUCCUCCAAGUCUCUCUGCAUAGGAGCCCGCGUCGGCCAAGAGGUCGAAGCUCUCAAACGCGUUGGUGUUCCCGACUCCAUCGGCAUCGACCUCGUGCCUUGCCCGCCACUCGUCUUGAAAGGCGACUUCCAUAACCAACCUUUCGAUAACGAGACUUUCGAUUUCGAGUUCUCCAACGUGUUCGACCACGCGCUUUACCCACACAAGUUCGUUGCCGAGAUCGAGCGAACGUUGAAGCCUGACGGGAUCUGCGUCUUACACGUGGCGCUAUCAAAGCGGGCUGACAAGUACUCGGCUAACGAUUUGUACAGCGUUAAACCGUUGGUUAAGUUGUUCCAGAGAUCGGAGCUGGUUCAUGUCCGUAAAGUUGACGGGUUCGGAUUGGACACCGAGGUCGUUUUCAGGAAGAAAAAUACGAUCCAAGGGUCCUGAUUCUUUUUCUUCUAUUUUGGUUUUCCAUUGAUCAAGUUUUGAUAGAGGGUAAGUAAUGAAUUCUUAUUCGUUGUUAAAUAAUACAUAAUUUUGUUGUUACUGUUUGGAUUAUUAUUAUUUUUGUAAAGGUAUAGUCAUCCAUCAAUCACGUUUUUACACUUGUCUGGGCUCUGCAUGUGAUUGGCUUCCUUCCCAAUAUUAUAUUAGUCUUAAACUUUUAUUAUUAAAUUGUAAUUAUUUCAGUAAGAGUGUAUGUUCCUUUUUCUUUUCUUUUUCGAA